CAUUCGCAGUUUCCACUUUUGCUUGUGGUGUUAGCAUCGGUGGAACAGUUGCGGUAUGCGAUUCUUCUCCGAUUUUCCCUUUCGAUUUUUCUCUCAUAUUCCCUUUUCCAUUUCUUCAAAUUUCCCAUCGUUUCCUUCCCAAUGUAUAUAUUCUACCAUUCGCCAUGGAAUUCGGCUGUAUCUCGUGUUCUGUACUCAGAAAUUCAGGGAUUUUGAGUUCCGGCAAUUGAUCGCUGAUGGAGUCGCCUGAAAUUACCGACUGGGUAUUUGAUUACGCUCUGAUCGAGGACUUUCCGGUCCCCGGCGGUGACCUACCUUGACUGGAUCUUCCUGUUUUCACUUUGUCCUCUCGCGAUUUCACUGCCUCCUUCAGCUGAGAUGCCAUUUUUUUAUUAAAGAUCUCAUCGUACCGUUGUUAGUGUUUUAAGGGAAGACUUUGAUGAGGCACAUGGAAAGCUAAACGAUAUAAAAGAAUCUGGGUCUAGGAACAGGUGAGCAAUUAUUAGUUCCCAAGUUGAGUAUCUGCACUAUGAGGAGGAUUACCAUAUCAUUGUUUAUGUUCUAAUGCUGUGGCAAUCAAUUUGAGCAUAUUGGAUAUGCCCUUACAAUAUCAUUGGUUAUGUUCUAAUGCUCUGGCUAUCAACUUUAGCAUAUUGGAUAUGCCCUUACAAUAGCAUGGUAGUGAUCUUACUGUUGACAGGAUGAGCCCUGGAUCAAGUGCAUCUUUGUCCAAAGCACAUAAAGAGAAAGUGCGGAGAAAUAGACUAAAUGACAGGUUUCUGGAGUUGAAUUCCAUCCUCAAUCAUGGAACGUCUCCCAAAAUUGACAAGUCUGUUAUUUUGGGUGAUGCAGUUCGAAUGAUCUUGCAGCUAAGAGAUGAAGCUCAGAAGCUGAAGGAGUCCAAUGAGAAUUUUCUGGAGAAGAUCAAUGAAAUGAAGGCUGAAAAGAAUGAACUACGAGAUGAGAAACAGAGGCUAAAAGAAGCAAAAGACAAUCUUAAACAGAAAAUGAAAACCUUCAUUACUCAACCAAGUUUCCUGCCUCACCCUCCUCCAUUUUCUGCUCCAAAUCAUGUUGUUGGGGCGAAGUUCGUACCUGUGAUUGGAUAUCCAGGAGUAUCCAUGUGGAAGCUUAUGCCUCCGGGCGCUAUCGAUACGUCUCAAGACCACGUUCUCCGGCCACCAGUUGCCUGACUUGGUAGAGAUCUUCCAUUUUCACUGGCUUUGCUUUUGCAUGCGAGGAUUCCUAUGUUGGUUUUUCUGUAGGGCUGACAUGGUUCUGUUGUCUGUUAGAUUUUCAUGAUUGAAUUGGCUUAAAUGUAUGUUUUGUUAUAGAAAUUCCGCUGAUCAAAAUCAAUAUAGUCUACUCCAUAAGUUCUUAGCCUUA